CUCUGUGAUCACAGAGUCAGAGCAGACCGACACCACCUUCACCUGCUCACCACCCCCGAGCAACUGGACAACCAUUGCCUACUUCAAUGAUCUACACUUUUUCCUACCAACUAUUCUCUCUCUCAAUUUACACUAUCGAACAGAAAAUUUGAGUUAAGAAAUAUGACUCUUGGUUUCACAUGAAAAUUGUGAUUGCUAGAGCUCAAAUCCAGCUUAAUUCGAUGAAUAUGAGUCGCUAUACUUGAUUUCCUUUUUUUAGCUGGCGAUUCUUUCUUCAAAUGUCUGUCACUGAGCUGAAAAAGCGACAAGAGGCGGCGACGGAGACCUUGAACAAUCUAAGAGAGCGGUUGAGGCAGAGGCGGCUUCAGUUGCUCGACACAGACGUUGCGACUGAUGCGAGGGGGCAGGGAAGGGCUCCGGUCACAUUCGGCCCCACCGAUCUAGUGUGUUGCAGGACGCUUCAAGGACACACUGGAAAGGUUUAUUCCUUGGAUUGGACUCCUGAAAGGAAUAGAAUUGUCAGUGCUUCUCAAGAUGGGCGGUUGAUAGUGUGGAAUGCUCUAACCAGCCAGAAAACUCAUGCCAUAAAGCUGCCUUGUGCAUGGGUCAUGACAUGUGCUUUCGCUGUGAGUGGACAAUCUGUUGCCUGUGGGGGACUUGAAAGUGUGUGCUCAAUUUUUAACCUGAAUUCACCAACUGAAAAAGAUGGGAACAUACCGGUAUCAAGAAUGCUUAGUGGGCAUAAGGGUUAUGUCUCCUCCUGUCAGUAUGUUCCAGAUGAGGAUACUUGCCUCAUCACUGGUUCUGGUGAUCAAACGUGUGUUCUGUGGGAUAUUACAACAGGCCUUAGAACUUCUGUUUUUGGAGGAGAAUUUCAGUAUGGACAUUCAGCUGAUGUAUUGAGCAUCUCGAUAAACGGAUCAAACUCUAGAAUGUUUGUCUCUGGUUCUUGCGAUGGAACUGGCCGAUUGUGGGACACUCGUGUUGCAAGUCGUGCUGUGCGUACUUUUCAUGGUCAUGAGGGAGAUGUUAAUACUGUAAAGUUCUUCCCCGAUGGCAACAGAUUGGGAACUGGCUCAGAUGAUGGAACUUGCAGGUUAUUUGACAUUAGGACGGGGCACCAACUUCAAGUAUACUAUCAGCAGAAUGGUGAUGGUGAAGUCCCUCACGUGACUUCCAUUGCAUUCUCCAUUUCAGGAAGGCUUCUCAUUGCUGGAUACUCCAAUGGGGAUUGCUAUGUAUGGGAUACUUUAUUGGCAGAGGUUGUUUUGAACCUGGGAUCCCUCCAGAACUCACAUGAAGGCAGAAUAAGCUGUCUGGGUUUGUCAGUAGAUGGGAGUGCCUUAUGUACAGGAAGUUGGGACACAAACUUAAAGGCACUUCUCAAGGGCCUAUGCUCUCAGGCACUUCUCAAUGGUCUAGAUCGAGCUUAAUAUGUGAGAGUUUUGAUAACUAAGGACACACUGGAGGACUUUAAGCAUAAGUGGCUUAUGUUAUAAGCCAAUCUUUUUUUACAUAUUCCAACAGAUAACAACUCUAAGAAGAAAGAUGAGUGAUAGGCCCAUUGGCAAGGUUUACAAGAGGACAAGGCCUGCACAUCCAAUUGUGACAAGUGGCUAAGCACAAGUGGACCAGCUGGUGUUUUAUUAUUAGUAGUAGCUGAUAUUUUAGUGCUUUCUGUUAUUCUGUAGGGUUUCAUGCUGUUGGGUAUUUAAGUGGAGUGUCUCUGCUGGUUCUGUAGGUACCUUUUGGAUAGUGGUUUUGGGAGGCCCUGGCACCUCGAAUGCUCAGGAGUUGUUCACAAUAUUAUCUCUGUAUAUAUUGAUAUUUUCCUUGGUUCUUAUCAAUAUCAGUAUAUCGAUUACAUCUGGGUUA